UGGAUAACCAGCUAUCUGUGUGGACGCCAAUCAUUGGUCGAAUUCCGAAACGCCAAGUCCAAGCCACGUAGGAUUAAACAGGGGGUCCCCCAAGGCGGCGUACUCUCCUCGACGCUGUUCAACCUCUACAUGGCGAAACUCCCUCCGCCGCCAGCAGGAGUAAACUUGGUGAGCUACGCCGAUGAUUGCACGAUUUUGGCGACGGGCCCCAAUAUUGACAGCCUGUGCGGGAAAAUCAGCGACUAUCUCACCGAUCUUGCAAAUUUCUUCACUGCCAAGAGCCUCACCAUCUCCGCCGCGAAAUCCACCGCCACACUGUUUACCACCUGGACAAAUGAAGUUAGGCUAGAGCUGGACGUUUACGUAAAUGGCAACAAAAUACCGACGGUCAACCACCCCAAAAUCUUGGGAGUUACGUUCGACAGCCUAUUCUCCUUUUCUGCGCACGCCUCAGCCACUUGCGAAAAGAUGCGAGCUAGGAACAAAGUCCUCAAGUCACUAGCCGGCAGCACUUGGGGAGCCCUCAAAGAAACCCUACUCACUGCGUACAAAGCAAUCGGCCGGUCGGUGGCAAACUACGCAGCGCCAGUGUGGACGGCGGGUACCAGCGAUACACAGCGGAGAAACCUAUAAACAUGCCAGAAUGCAGCUCUACGCACAGGCUGCCAUCUCAUGUCGUACGAGCAUCACCUCCACCAAGAAAGCCAGAUGCUGGCGGUGAAAGAGCACAACACGUUGCUAUCGAAGCAGUUCCUCGUGGGAUGUCACCGUGGAAAUCACCCGAAUAACGCCUUGCUUCGAAAUGAACCGCCUCCCCGACAUGUCAGACGUCACCUGCACGACUGGAAAUCCGACGUUGAGCCGUGCGUAGAUCACCCAUUCGACGCAGAGAAAUACAGAGCGGCGCUUAACCACCUACACACCGAUGCAGUCAGGUCGAGUCUUAGCACCAGAAACGACAACAUCCUUCUAGGUG